UGACCAGGGGGUGAGGAUGUGGGAUGGUCCUUGAAGGUAUGCAGCUUCAUACCCAGGUUCUGUUGUUGUUUUCCUCGGAGUGAGACGAAAGCCUGUGGCUGGGAGCCUCGGAAAAUGCAGAUGUUGAAUGUGGAAGUCACAACUCCCAGCGACUUAUUUUCUAGAAGUUACAUACCUUAAAGUUAAAGGCUUCUGUCCCUCAAACGAGUUUGAGUAUACAUUCCCAUCAACUGAUUACCCAUAUCUUCAAAUACUUCCUCGAUUGUCUUGGUUGCUUACUUUGAACAUGAGUUUUCAGCUCAUGAAUCGGUCCACUAUGGGUGGUAUUUCACUAUUCUUGUACUUUUGUAGCUGCAGCAUGGCCCUCUUUGGUCUUGGAGAUAGUCUUUUCGAGGAACCUGGUCUGAUUAUUCAUGAAUCUCGUCUUAUAUGCAGCCGCGGUAUCACUGUGCCAAAUGUCUGUAUGAUUUUCAGUAUACUGCUCUUUCUGAUUUUCAUAUUCACCAGCGCAUGGGAAGCAUGGGGAAAAGGGAAGGGAGAAAGAGACCACCCCGAGCUAUAGCCGAGGCUCGAGCUGGAAAAGUAGGCCAUCACGACAUUUUGUCACCGAAUCAAUGGAAAUUUUUGUUUUCAUGUAUAGUUUAUCUCUCAGAUGUCGGUUUUGCCAUAUCGUUCCUGACUUACUAUUGAGUCCUAAUUGAACCAUAGUCCAAUUUAGAGCACUGUCCCAUUUUCACGAGUGGUGCAUUCCAUCUUCGUUGUCCUGCUAAUCAUUUCACUAUGUUCUGAAUUUCUGAAUAAGUAAAUUCGCAACCUCGGAGAGAGAGGUAGUCAGAUCACGGACAGUAUUAUUAUCACUAAUCCGUUU